CCGUUUGCCCCGUGAGGACCAAAAUGCAAGAGCAGGCGACGAGUUCGCUCGCGGCGAGUUCGCUGCCGUCGAGUAGCGAGAAAUCUUCGAGCUCUGCUUUCCAUCUCGGAGUCAUAGAAGAGAUGGAGAGCGACGACGAGAUAAGGAGAGUGCCAGAAAUGGUCAGCGAAGGGGCUGGUCCGUCCAUCUCAGGCAGGGGCGCUAGUUCAGUGGGAGGAGGAGGAGGAGGGUAUCAGGACAAGGCUCAGGCUUCAGCAGCAGAAGUGGCUCAGCGGAAGAGAGGGAGAAGCCCUGCUGACAAAGAGAACAAGAGAUUAAAAAGGUUGCUGAGGAACAGGGUUUCAGCACAACAGGCCAGGGAGAGGAAGAAGGCAUACUUGACUGACUUGGAGGAGAGGGUGAAGGGAUUGGAGAAAAAGAACUCUGAGCUGGAAGAGAGGCUCUCCACGUUGCAAAAUGAGAACCAGAUGCUCAGACAUAUACUGAAGAACACAACCGUGGGCAGGAGAGCAGGAAAUAGUAGCACUGUUGAUGCGUCUGGAUAAGAGAGAGAGAGAGAGCUGCUUCUUUGGGUUUUCAU